UACUGGCAUGUGACGGUGGAGGAGGAGGAGGAGGGAGUAAAGCAAAGCAAAGCAAAGCAAAGCUAGGAACAACAAGGAGAGAGUCGGGGAGGGAUUAUCAGUUAACUAUGCUUAUCUGCAUGUGAUAUGGUAGCGACGAACAAAAGUGUCCAAACCGCUUUUCCUUUCAGCCUGGCUGAGCUGUUUGUCAGGUCGCUCGCUGACUACAUGCAGGCCUGCACCAGUCUAAGUUUAUGUUAGCAGUCUGACGUUAGCUCCCGCUGCUAGCUAACUCCUGCUGGUGACUUCAAACGACUUGUCAACAGCCGAUCGAUCGUGUUCAGGACCCGGGACUCUCUUCGACACUUCCUUAUUUUAUCCUCUCGGCAAUUUCACGCAGGGUUAACAUCUUCCCCACCAGCAGCACUAUUGGGAGAGUGGGGCUAUGAUGGCAACGUGACAGGAGGGGAGCCGCUGAGUCAGCUUCAACAGGAACCAUGGAAUGGUUUCAGGAAACUGCUACAGAGCAGCACGACAGGGUGAACGGCUACUGCAAGCCUAAAUCACCCCAGGACACAGCCGAUGUCAGGUGGACCCCACCGGAGGGAGAGUCUGGAGGAUCGGACAGCUGCGGGGGGACAAGUGUGUCAGAGCUGACGGACGUGCAAGAGUUAAAGGCGAGGGAGAGUGAGGAUGAGGAGGACAAGGAGGAGAAGGAGGUGGUUCCUGCCUCUAAAGGCCUGAAAGGGGACCAGGCCAAAAAAGAGAAGGAGAGUCCGGAGGAGAAAAAUAAGCAGAACAGCAGUGCAGCAACAAGCUACACAGACCUGUCACAAACAUCAUCACCCUCGCUUUCAGAACAGCUGCGUCUUGGCCGAGAAGACAACGCAGGGGCUGGGAUCAGCGUGGAGUGUAAGGUCUGCGGGGACAAGGCCUCUGGCUUCCACUAUGGUGUGCAUGCCUGUGAGGGGUGCAAGGGCUUUUUCCGGCGAACCGUGCGGAUGAAACUGGAAUAUGAUCGCUGUGAGCGUUCCUGCAAAAUUCAGAAGAAGAAUCGUAACAAGUGCCAAUAUUGUCGCUUCCAGAAGUGCCUGUCUUUGGGAAUGUCUCAUGAUGCAAUCCGAUAUGGACGCAUGCCUGAGGCGGAGAGGAAGAAACUUGUGGCGGGUCUGCUUGCAGAGGAGCUGAAUGUCGGUAAACCAGGUGGCUCAGACCUGAAGACCUUGGCCAAACAAGUCUACACAGCCUACCUGAAGAACCUCAGCAUGACCAAGAAGAGGGCCCGCAGUAUCCUGAUGGGCAAAACUGCUAGCACCUCGCCGUUUGUGAUCUACGAUGUGGACACACUCUGGAAGGCAGAAAGUGGUUUAGUAUGGAGCCAGUUAGUCCCAGGUGCACCCCUGACCAAGGAGAUUGGGGUCCAUGUUUUCUAUCGCUGCCAAUGCACCACGGUUGAGACCGUGCGAGAGCUCACUGAGUUCGCCAAGUGCAUUCCAGGGUUUGUGGACCUCUUCCUCAAUGACCAGGUGACUUUGCUGAAGUAUGGUGUACACGAAGCUAUUUUUGCCAUGCUGCCCUCUCUCAUGAACAAAGAUGGUCUGUUGGUCGCCAAUGGUAAAGGCUUUGUGACCAGGGAGUUCCUGCGCAGCUUAAGAAAGCCGUUCAGUGAAAUCAUGGAGCCCAAGUUUGAGUUUGCGGUCAAGUUCAAUGCUCUGGAGCUGGAUGACAGCGACCUGGCCCUGUUUGUUGCUGCCAUCAUUCUCUGUGGAGAUCGCCCUGGGCUAAUGAACGUGAAGCAGGUAGAGCAGAGUCAGGACAGCAUCCUCCAGGCCCUGGACCUCCACCUACAAGCAAACCACUCUGACUCAGUCUACCUCUUCCCCAAGCUGCUGCAGAAGAUGGCCGACCUCCGUCAGCUGGUUACCGAGAACGUUCACCUAGUCCAAAAGAUCAAAAAGACUGAGUCGGAGACCUCGCUUCACCCUCUACUACAGGAGAUCUACAAAGACAUGUAUUAGUUUCCUCCAGCACAGACUGCUUUUAGCAAUACUGUUACAGACUCAAAUUACAUUUAUAAUAAUACACUGCAUUCAGUACAAGCACUGUUCCACGUACGGGCAUGGAUUUUUAACAUGUGCAGAUGAGGCAGAGUCACGUGGUAGGGCUAACACAAUCAGCAAAGUCUUCUCAAUGUCAGCAUUACCAUCAGCACAGUAAUAUGUGUGUGUGUGUGGUGUGAGAGUGUGUGUGUGUGUGAGAGAGAGAGAGAGAGAGAUGAGCAUCUGGAAUCAUUUGCUACGAGUCCUAGUUUCCCACAACGUUCACUUAACAGAGAGAAUGAUAUGUUUUCUCACCGAGGCUGCUCCCAUUACAUUCUAAUAGCAAAACUGACCCCAGAGCAGCAUCUAGAGAGAGCGCUUCUCCUCACGUGUGAAGGGAAGGCAUUUCACGUUCUUACACCAGUGGCAUAGCUGAAGUAGUCAAAAAGCCGCCGUUUGUACUGUGCAAGACUUUCUUAUGAUGCCAAUGUCUUUGGUAGAUUGAUUGUUUUGAGACUUUUUGGUAAUGCUGAAGAUGCACAAAUCGGUUUUUGUUUACAUCAUUAUCAUCUUAAUCACCAUCAUCAUCAUCAUCAUCAUCAUCAUCAGUGAUCACUACUUUGCCAUUUGGUUUCAAGAACACAAACUGGGCUGGCUCCAGCAGUGUAGAGCUCUCUCAAAGCAGCUUUUCUGUGCAAUACUGUUUCCAUUUGUCAAUAAAUGUGGGAGAUCCAAGUUCUAUAGGUUUUGUCUUAAAGCCAUCUACCUGAGAGGUAACUAAUGGACUACGCUGCACAGAUUAUGUUUCUGAAGCUGACACUAAACACAUGACCCAUUGAAGUACAAGGGACCGCAUGUUUGUUUUUGUUUUUUUUUCUUUUUUCUUUAUUUUGACAUGCAAAUUAUCACAAACUCGCCAUUUUAAAGGUUUUUCUUAGUUUAUUCUGUGUAAUUCUGUUACUAAUUAUUUGUAAUUGUUGAUCAUAUUUGUAAGGGCAAAACAUGAAUAUCAUCUUGUUUUAUGUAUUAAGUAUAUCUGUUCUUUUUCCUAUUACAUGCCUGCCCACGUAGGUUGUACCAAAUAUAUCAUCAAGCAUACCAACAAACUGUUCCUUGAUGAGGAAUUUGGAUUUGAUGCCUUAGCAGGAUUUACAUAAAACCAGCAUACUGUUCCACUUUGUAAUUGGGGAAAAUUGAUCAUUAGAAGUUGACAUCAAGCAUCUGGUAUCAUAUUUCUGUACUGACCUGAGAAAUAACCAUGGUCCGAGAUUUCUACCCUUUUUGUGUACUGUCUGAUUUGUCUUGUAAGGAAAGGCACAAGUGUAACAGCCUUACAAUACUACAGCCAGGAUUCAUAAGUUACAAACUACUUUCCCCUUCAUAUUCUGUAGGAUCUCUUUUUUUUCACUGUACUACUUCUGAAUGGACUUGAGUUUGUGGUGCAAACAGUCCACUUUCAGAAGUCUCCUCUUGUGCUCUUAUUCUGUCUUGAUCCCUAUCUACCUCUAAUGUAUCAUCUGUGACAUUAUUCCACUGUCUCAUUCAAUCGCUGACAUUAUUUUUGCCUUAAUUUCCUGUUAUUGGUACAAAUUUGAUGGUAUUGGAAGAUGUGCGGUGUGCCAACAUAGCAAGAGGGUGUGGAUGGAUAAAACAAGAAAGUGCACCAAAAAAAAAAGAUGAUGUAAGCUACCUCUAUGCCUGUGUAAGUGAUGGAUUGACAUAUUUGUUAAAAAACAAAACAUGUUAAGACUUGAAAUAAUUUCAUCCUUAUAGUCCCAUGUAACCUAUCUGCAGAUCUAGUUUAAUUACAUCUCACUUAUAAACUUUAUUAGAAAUAUUAA